AGCUGUUGCUGUUAGUGUGUAAACAUCCAUCGCUAAGGGAGGUAUCAACUACCUAGUACAAGAUGAAGUUUUUCGGAUCGUUUCUGAAUGAACGAAUUAAGUCCUUCGCAAAUUUUGUUACUUGGGUCAUGAGUCGCUGCUCCAGCGUGAUGGUGGCCGUGACGGUGUUUGUGCUGCUGCUGCUCAUUUCAUUCUGGCUGGCCCUCUUCUUGCACCUCAUCCUCGUCCAAGUCUUCUUACCAACACAAAGUUUCUCUUGGCCUGUACACUUUGAAUUUGAGAACUGUCGUGAUCGUCCGGGCCUGUGUUCUGACCCCCUAGGAGUGGUGCCGCUUGCUGCCGACACUGACCUGCACAACCACUGCACCUUCCCUCCCCACAACCAUGGUGAGCGGAAGAAGUCAGGGAAGGAGGACCCGGGGGGUGUUGUGUGUCAAGGGGCACCGCGGGGGCCUCCGUCCCCCAUCUUCGCAAGGGGUCAGAGCUACAGCAUCGACGUCGAGCUCGUCCUGCCUGACUCCCCCGCCAACAGGGACGUGGGCAUGUUUAUGGUGCAGGUAUCACUGCUAGACAGCAAGUCAGGCGCUGUCAGCAGCAGGCGUCGUCCUGUGCUGACGCCCUACAGGUCAGCCCUGCAGCGACAUGUUUAUGGUGCAGGUGAUAGGCAUUGCAUGCAUUUAUCAUCAAUCAUCAUUGGAAUGCUGAGGAGGCCGCGGCUGUUCAUGAUGCUGCUGUCCGUGCUGCACGGAACCGGCGUAGCAUCAACGGGCUCAUCCCGGUACCGCGUGCACCCCCAGGCAGGGUUCGGUAUCGCUGAUCCCGCGGCAAAGGUGCACUAUAUAUCGUUUGAGAUACAGUGUGCUCAGCUGUGCUCGAUUUCUGGCUCAUCUGUUUACUCCGUCACUGAAGAAAACACAGGAAAAGUGAGAUGCAGAAUUGCAUCGUCUGGCUUCCGAGCUGAGAACCUCACCGCCGGCGCCGCUGCUGCAGGAGAAACAACCUACGUCGAUCAACUUACCACGGCUACUGAACAGGCACUUACCACUGCUACUGAACAGGAACUUACCACUGCUACUGAACAGGAACUUACCACUGCUACUGAACAGGCACUUACCACUGCUACUGAACAGGCACUUACCACUGCUACUGAACAGCAACUCACCACCGCUGCAACAACUGAAGGACCGUGUCUUACUGCUGCUGAUAUCGACUGCUCUACUGUGGAGAAAGACACUUUCUUCUACCAUCCGACCGACUGCACUAAGUACCUGCGAUGUGAAAGGAGGACCGAAAUACUGAGCACAAAUUCAUGCGAAACUGGCCUCUUCUUUGAUUUGGACCUUGAAGAAUGUGUUACGCCAAAGCCUGCGAAAUGUUCCUGCCAGACGUCCAUCUAAUAUAACAGGGGUUGAGAAACCCUUUUACUCGUCGAUCACUUUUAGGAUAUUUAAAUUUGAAUCUACCUCUUUUUUGCACACACAGAUUCAAGUACUCUAAAACUAAACUUCAUUCAUUGUUUACGAUGAACCAAAAAUGAAUGUUACUAACCUAAACAUUCCUCCUACCACUUCAUAUAUGGGUCCUAAACUAAAGAUAGUAAUCUAACACUCUUAAACUCUACAUUCAAAGAGACUAGAAUACAUUCAUAUUCAGAAAUGAAUUUUCAUCCAAAAACAUGAACUAAAGUAUGGAUCAUUGUUGGAUUUAUUAUUCGUUUCUUGAUUGAUUUUCAUUGUUUUCCUCAAUCAAUCAUCGAGUCUAGUCUCGCCAUUCUCCUCCUAUCUCUUUCAGCCUCAACAUUCUCUCCAAAUAUCUCUUAAAAAGGUUCAAUGACACCAAGUCAAUAACACUCUGACAGACACAGUCACUAUCUCUUCCAUACCUAAUAUAUCAUUCGCCACCUCAAGAUGGUAACAUACACCCAGGUAGCACAUACUAUCACUACAUAUUGGAUUACCAUCCGGUGUCGCUUCCACUGAGCGACUGUGCAUGGAUUUACAACAUUCCAGCAUAAUUAUUGAUGAAAGACAAAUAUACAACUCCUAUAGUAAUGAGAAAGUAUUUCACAAAUACUUUUACAAUACUUUCACGAAGAACUAUCAAAUUGGAAGAAAGAUAAGUACUUUAAAAAGUGUUGAUUGUUCAUGAAGUCUUCGUGCAUUUCCAUUGACUCUUCUUGAAUCUUAUUUUGCUGCCUCCUGCUACUAUCUCGACGAAUUUUCUAGCCCAUAGUUUCUAAGGAGGCUGAUGCUGGCACCUUUGAUUACUAUAUUCCCUUAAUGCCAUGCACGAUCGAUGCAAUAUAACAUUUAUAACGAUUGUAUAUUGCCUCUUUUUCAUCACAGCCGUGGCAUCAGCCACAUCCACAGCACCACCUUCAGCUACUUUCGCAGCAUUAUCCUAAAAUAAUUCUUGAUAAAAAAAAUUUGGUCUCAUCGUGUCUUGUGCACCUUGGCUUGAAACGUAU